GUGUGUUUUCCUGGAAGCAGAGCGCCAUCUUAGAUCAACAUGGAGGGGGGUUUAAACUGGAAAACACAAGGAGAAACUAAAACUAUUCUUUCGGCUUGAAAAUGAUUUAGUGCAGCUUGUGAUAUGAUAUAUUUUGAAGUAUUCCGGAUUUUGUUUCGAAAAAAAGUGUAUAUUAGUUAAGUUGGGUGUUUUGUUUUAAAACCUAGUUUGUUUUUGUUUACGUGUUAGCAAAGCUAGCUAGCUAGCUAACCUUCACUUCCAGUCGGCUAUGGCGUCUUCCAAUCCAGACAUGCCUGAUCUGGGAAUGUCAGUGCCAGCCGGAUCUCACGCCAGCGCCGGAGCCCUCGUGCCGAAGAGCAGCAACAAACGUUCUGCCUCCUCCGACUAUGAAGAUGAUGAUGGAGGGAAGCUCUUCAGGUGUGACGAUGAAACUGGCAACUCUAAUGACAAGGAGCGGUUCGCCAGGGAGAACCACAGCGAGAUCGAGCGACGCAGGCGCAACAAGAUGACCGCAUACAUCACAGAGCUGUCGGAGAUGGUGCCCACGUGCAACGCGUUGGCACGGAAACCGGACAAGCUCACCAUCCUGCGCAUGGCUGUGUCGCACAUGAAGACUCUGAAGGGCAGCGGCAACACUGGAACAGACGGCACAUACAAGCCAUCUUUCCUCACAGAUCAGGAGUUGAAGCACCUGAUACUGGAGGCAGCAGACGGCUUCCUCUUUGUGGUGUCGUGCGAGAGCGGGCGUGUGGUAUACGUCUCCGACUCUGUCACGCCAGUGUUGAAUCAGACGCAGUCCGAUUGGCUCGGCUCGUCUCUGUACGAUCAGCUCCACCCUGAAGACAAGGACAAACUGAGAGAACAGCUGUCCACCACUGAGAACAACAACAGCGGCCGCAUGCUGGAUCUGAAGACAGGCACGGUGAAGAAGGAGGGAAGCCAGUCGUCCGUGAGAAUGAGCAUGGGGGCGCGACGCUCGUUUAUCUGCAGAAUGAGGUGCGGUUCGAGUCCUGUGGAGCCCAUGACCAUGAACAGACUCGGCAUUCUAAAGAGCAGAAACAGGUGUGGCUUGGGUCCUGCUAAAGAAGGAGAGCCUCAGUACGUGGUGGUGCAUUGCACAGGAUAUAUCCGAUCCUGGCCUCCUACAGGUGUUUCUCUGUCUGAAGAAGAGUGUGAGACCGGACAGGGCAACCGCUACUGUCUAGUAGCUAUAGGAAGGCUGCAGGUGACGUGUUGCCCCAGCGACAACAACAUGAGCACGAUCAGUGUACCGGUGGAGUUUAUCUCUCGGCACAAUUGUCAGGGGACGUUUACGUUCGUGGAUCAUCGCUGUGUGGCUACAGUUGGCUACCAGCCACAGGAUCUUCUGGGAAAGAACUUUCUAGAAUUGGCUCAUCCUGAAGACCAGGGACUCCUGAGGGACAGCCUUCAGCAGGUGGUCAAGCUCCGGGGUCAGGUUCUGUCCGUGAUGUUUCGCUUCUGCACGAAAUCAGGCGAGUGGAUCCUGAUGCGGACGAGCUCCUUCACUUUCCAGAAUCCGUACUCGGAGGAGAUCGAAUACAUCAUCUGUACCAACACUAAUGUCAAUAAAGCUCCGAAUCAGGACUCUCUCCCCCCUCUGUCCUCCCCCAGGGGGGCAUUGCCUGCCCCUCUGGGGCAGAACAGCCCCAGCUGCCCCCCAGCCUCCAGCCCGGGGCAAGCAAAACAUAGCAGGCAGCUUCAGCAACAACAACAGGCUGAGAUGGAGGGUGGAGGGAGAGAGGAAAUCUAUGAGGCCGGACAGGUGGCUCUUCCUCAGGUCGCAGUGCCGCCAGUAGGACCAGAUCCAACUCAUUCUAAGGUUUUGUCCUCCGGUGCACCCCCUACUGGACAGCAGGUUUAUAGUCCUGCCUCAUUCGGCACUAACCCACGUGCUGAGCCCUUCAGGCAAGCUCCGUUAGCAACCCAGAUGUUGUCCCACAUGUCACGUCAGAGCGCCCCCUCUGGUCUCCCUGUGAACAGCGGCAGCCCAGUUCAGACACCGAACGCAAACCCUGUGACCCCUGCAGCAUGGGCUCAUCCACGGGCUCCUUUCAGCACACAGGCAGGGAAGAGUCAGUCACCACAAUUUUCUGUGGGAAAUUUUAACGCCCCCCCUUCCUCCUCUGCAUCCUCCUCUUUUGGACAAAUGGGCGGAGCCUCAGCAAAUGUAGCAGCCAACACGAGUAAUUACUCUCAGAUGAACGCCCGCAAUCACCAGUCCACUAACGGAUACGGUGAUGUGAGCCAGUCAGGGCAGCAGUUCUCCUCCAGACCAGCAGAGGCAGCAGCGUGGCAGCAGUGGCAAACUCAACCGCAUCCACACAACUCAGCAGACACACAUCCUCAUAUACAGAACAGCCAACCUGAGAUGUUUACCGAUGUUUUGUCCAUGCUGGAUUCUUCUGCGAACUUCAGCAACGAAGACUUCACCGAAAUGCCCAUGUUCCCUCCAUUUCCUGAGUGAUCUCUUUAAUCGUUCUUUCACCUCUUCUUUUUCUUCUUCUCUAGUUUCUCAAGGAACAAAACAAGGGGAGAUUUGUCGAAACCUUUAUUUUUUUCAUAGAGUAAGAGGUUUCCUCUACGGAGGAAGCAGCCGUGUUCUAAUAACCACGCACAAGUGCACAAAGUGAGCACAAUCAGUCCAACACACUGAGUUCGGUUUCUCCCGUGCGCCCCCAGAGGCACGCACAAACACACGCACACCCCGACCGAGACCUUCGCAGGUUUUAUCCCAAACACAAGGAAUGUUUCGACGUUCGAUUUUACGUUCGGUAGCAAUAAUCGUUUGAUAUUUUACAAAACGACCAUAGCAUAAUAGAUAUAUUUUUGUAUAAAGCGGUGGUCCUUAUCCUGCCUUCCAAACGGGGACUGCCUUUACUGCACUGCCUAAAAAACGCUACCUAUGUAGGACGCCCCCUGCUGAGCAGAGCACAGAGGUAGCGACGACGUUUUAACAACGAUGCUAAUCGUAUCAUAUAGACGAUGACAGACACGUGCCUAAGGGAAUUCACACGCAAGGAACAAUCACUGUAUUAGAAAAGAAAUGAAAGAAAAGUGCAGAAUUGUCCUUAUUACAAAGAAGUCUAUAAGCACAACUGUGGUGCUCAGUUAUUCAGUUUUGUUUCUUCAUCUUUGGCGAUUACUUGUUCAAAACCUUUUCCCCUAAACGCCUCAUGAAUGCGAUUGUAUAUACAAUUUAUUUUUUUUAAUUAAAAAAAAAAGUAAUUAAAGGUAAUUACAUUUGUAUUUAAUUCCGCAGGCAAAUAUGUUUCUUUCUUUUUUUUGUGUGUGUGCAUGUGCAUGUGCGUGUGUGUGUGUGUGUGUGUGUGUGUGUGUGUGUGUGUGUAUACACAAUUGUUUUUUGAAUAUUGUUCCUAAUUUAAAAAAAAAAAACACCCAAUACAUCAGAUGAAAUCGAGCUGUUUAAAUAUAAUCACCUGCUUUGUUACAGAAUCAUGGAAUUAAUUUUGGCUUGUGGCUUUUUUUUUUUUUGCUUUUUUUUUAAUUAAGUUUAUUCAUAAUAAUGAUGUCCGGGGGCGUGUCUGGGGGCGUGGCCUGAAAAUGUUGCAAAUAUUGAAUUAUUCAAUAGCUUAAAUCUGUGAUGCUCAGAUUUUUUACUUUUCCCUUGUCAAAGGUGUUUGCAUGUGUUUCCAUUUGUUCUUCUCUACUUUAUUCUUCAGAUGAAAUUUACAAUCCAAAGAUUCCAGUGUUUGUUUUUUUUUUUUGCCACUUCGAAACGUUACGUGCACGACGGAUAUCUAAGUAUCUAAAAGUCUAGACACGAUGUUAAAACUGCAGCUUUUUUGUGAUUCAGUGAAAAGGGGGGAAAAACAUUAUAUUUGUUUCCAGCUUUAACGUGCAAAUGAUUGUAUAACGUAUACAAUGAACCAAAAACCCAGAAUAUCAUAGCUGCAUAAGUAUGUACACCCUGUGAGAUCAUUAUAAAGGAGCUGUAGGUCUUUCUGACGCUCCUUACGUGUGAUUACCAUCUCCUGCGAAUCCUUUAUCUGAAUACAGAGCCGAGAAAAACUUUUAUAUGGAAACGUUUGGUAACUGUAGAUUGUCUGAUGAACACGGUGAAGCAUGGGGUGGUGGUGGUGGUGGUGGUGGUGGUGGUGGUGGCGGCAGCGUCAUGUUUUGAGGAACUGGGGUUUUAGUGAAGGUGAAUGCGAUCAUGAACAGCUCCAACCCCAGUGUGUUUUUGGCUCCGUGAUGUCCAGGUAAAAGUUUUUACACUGCAGAGAAAUAUUCCCUUAUGCAAUCAGGUCAAAGAGUGCUUAUUUAUUUAUUUAUUUAUUUUUGAAAAUGAUCCACACUAUCGUACAGCUCGUCAUUUUUACGUUAAAGCUGGAAACGUUCUGAUAUUAUUUUAUCCCUUUUUUUUUAAUAUAUAUAUAUAUUUUUUCACACAUCAAAAAAAAUCCUGCUCUUUUACCAGGAGUGUAGUUUAUAUCCCUUUUGCAUUUCUUUUCAUCCUUCUCUCUUCCUCUCUAUGAACUUCGAAAGAAGUCUUCAAUCCAAAGACUCGUGUUUUUGUUUUUUUUGUUUUUUUUUUGUAGUUGCUUUUAAGUGGAUUCUUUUUUCUUUUUUUUAAAGAAUUGGUUACAUGUUUGUUAAGGGGCGUGUCUUACUUGUGAUCUGAUUUGCAUAUGCAAAUUAGGCAGGAGGGAUGUGACGAGGUUGAUCGAUUUUAUUCUUGUUUUUUUUUUUUUUAAUUGUUGUUGUUUUUCAUUAGUUUGUUUUUAAACCAGUACUGCAGUCGUGAAAAUGCAGUUUAUAUAUGAACGUAAAUUAAAAAAAUAAAAAUAUAUAUAUAUAUGUGUAUAAA